AUUUUCAGAUCGGACCCACUCGCUGGCGCAGUGCUGAUCCUUUCGGUAAGCUGAAGUGAAAACUGCAGUCAGCUCAGUAAACAUCUGCCCGCGGAACCAGAGAUGCCGAAGAAGAAAACCGGUGCACGGAAAAAGGCUGAGAGUCGUAAAGAGCGAGAGAAACAGAGCCGAGCCAACCGGGAACAUGUUGAUGUGGCCAAACACCCUUGCAACUCUAACAUGGACUGUGACAAAUGCCAGAGAAAACAGAAGAACAGAGCUUUCUGCUACUUCUGCAACUCAGUGCAGAAGCUGCCUGUCUGCGCCCAGUGUGGAAAAACCAAGUGCAUGAAGUCAUCAGACUGUGUCAUCAAACAUCCUGGGAUCCACAGCACUGGGAUGGCCAUGGUGGGGGCAGUAUGUGACUUCUGCGAAGCUUGGGUGUGCCACGGUAGGAAAUGUUUGAGCACUCACGCCUGUGCAUGUCCCCUGACUGAUGCAGACUGCAUCGAGUGUGAGCGUGGUGUCUGGGAUCACGGAGGAAGAAUUUUUCGUUGUUCCUUCUGUCAAAACUUCUUGUGUGAGGAUGAUCAGUUUGAACACCAGGCAAGCUGCCAAAUCCUUCAGGCAGAAACAUUCAAGUGUGUUUCCUGUAAUAGACUGGGACAGCACUCGUGCCUGCGCUGUAAGGCCUGUUACUGUGAUGACCACGCCAAGAGUAAGGUCUUUAAACAAGAAAAGGGCAAAGCUCCACCAUGUCCCAAGUGUGGCCAUGAGACACAGGAGACCAAAGACCUCAGCAUGUCCACUCGCACGCUGAAAUUUGGCCGCCAGGCUGGCGCUGAUGAUGACGACGAUUACUAUGACGGAGCAUCAGGGUACGACUCCUACUGGAAGAACUUAGCAUCUGGAGGCAGAGACCAACAGGAUGACUACGGAGAGGAUGACGACUACGAGGAAGAUGAGUAUGAGGAGGAGGAUGAAGAGGAGGAGGAAGAGGAAGAUGAUGAUGACGAGGAGGAGGAAGAGGGUGAAGAGGAAAAGGCUGCUGAUUCCCUGGCUGGUCUUAAAUUGGACGGGACUGCUGCCUGAACUAAGACAAAGACUGGAGAGCCUGUUGGUGCAGCGCACAGUCCCAUAGAUCCAAAUGAUCCUCAGUGGAGGGACAUCCACGUAAAAUGAAAAUUCCUUGAGGAUUCAAGAAUUUAGCUGGUAUAUCGAGGGCUGUGUAUUGAUAACAUUGUUGAUACAAUACCUACAUUUCUGUACUGUAUUCCAAUACCUUACUAUGAGGAAUAUAAAUCUUUUUCAACAAACCCCACAAAAACCGCUGGGCAGAAAGUAGAAGAAUAAAAUGACAGGCCCAAAUAAUUUAAAUGAUUUGAUUUCAAAUUAGAAACUGACUCACUGAUUCAAUACUAAGUACUAAAUGCUAUGGACACAUACAGUUGGUACCAAAAAGUAUUGAGGUUUCGAUACCCAGCUCUAGAGGCAACUUUUUUUUUUCCUUCAGUUGUUACAGCCACUGCUGCUUUAAUGCAGUUGGAGGCCAUGGGGCCCAAAUUAGCUGUAAAAACCUUUUGACUCCUUUUUGUGGUCAUUUGGUAAACACAGUUUUUUCUGAGAACAUGCACCCUGAAGUUGGAGCAGCUGCUUUUUUCUGUAUCAUUUUUCGCCAGUUUAAGUUUCUGCUUAAAAAUGUUCUUUCAAUGGACCAGUGUGCAGGAUUUAGGGGAUCUAUUGGCAGGAAUGGAAUAUCAUAUUCAGAAUUAUGUUUUCAUUAGUGAACAGUCAUCUGAAACUUAGAAUCAUUGUGUUUUUGUUUGCUUAGAAUGAGCCCUUCCUAUCUACAUAGGGAGCGGGUCUUAUUCCAUGGCGCCUGCCAUGUUGCGCUGCCCACUUUUCUGCAGUAGCCCAGAGCGGACAAACCAAAUACUGGCUCUAAAGAGCACCUUUUAUGUUUUAUGUUAUUUGACGGCCACCAUAGGUUCUCCUACAAGCUUGAAAAGGGAGGGGUAUUCAGUUGGUUGAAAUCAGCAACCUCACCACUAGAUGCCAUUAAAUCCUGCACACAUGUCGUUAAUGUUUUAAUCAUAAAUUCUAAUUAUUUCUGUCCAGCAUGUGCUAGCUUAACGCAGAGGCCAAACUGGUAUCAACCCACCAUCUAUUGCUCGAUAAGACGGAAAAACAAUCCAACAAAAUGUUACAGUAAAAGUAAUAGAGUGUUACUGUGAUAAGUAGCACUGAAUUUCAAAUUGUUAUCCCUUACACUUGUUACUUUAAAAAGUUAACACAUUAUUGUAAUGUGUUACUAAGAAUUGUAUUUCUGCCCAACACUGCCAACAUCACCAUUAAAUAGUUUUUGAGGACCUUAUCAGAGUUCAUAUUGUGCUUCAGUGGUGUGUAUUCCCAAACAAAUGUACAGUUGUUGAAAUCACCACAUACCAACUUCCCCAUGAUGAUUAUGGGCUCUUCUGGGGCUGUUGGCAGCACUGUGUGGUUGGUAAUUUGGCCCCCGCUUACAGUGUGAAAUUAAAGGUUAUGAUCAUGUGUAACAAGUUUUGUUAUUUCUCUGCAGCUUACUGUGGUUUUACUCUGCUUCAGUACAACAUAAAGGUUGCAGAAAAAACUUCACAUUGUUACCGUGAUCCUUGUAAUCAGCUGCAUUUGUUGAGACGUGCUUGUGUUAAGUAUGCCAUUAAACAAUAAAAUCCCUUUUGACUGAG